AUGGAGCAGAUGGUGGACUCCGUCCGCGUCGCGUGCCCGCACGCCGCGCACGGCUGCGCCGACAGGUCCGCGUACCACGACCGGGGACGCCACGCCCGUGAGUGCGCGCACGCGCCCUGCCGUUGCCCCGGCCGCGACUGCGGCUUCGUCGGCCCCGCGCCGGCGCUCGCCGAGCACGCCGCCGCCGCGCACGGUUGGCCGUGCACCGCCGAGGCCAUCGCCGGCUGCUCCUUCGGCGUCGACCUCCGCGACGGCUUCAACCUCCUCACCGCCGUCCGCGGCGGCGCUCAGCACCUGCUCCUGCUGAACGGGAGCACGCCGUUCGGCCGCGCCAUCUCCGCGGUACAGGUCCUCCCUCAGGUGGCCUCCACGGGCAGCUCGUCGGCGGCGGCGCCGGCGGCGAGUGGCGCGAAAUGCGAGCUCGAGCUCCACUACUGGCGCUACAAGGGCAUCCUACGCGAGCACUGCCUGGUAUCCCGGUUCGAGGUCCCAUCCAUGGAUCCCUCGGACGCGCUGCCGGAUCCCAGCACCUCCUUCCAGUUCUUCGUCCCUAAGAGUGUUCGUGGACACGACGAGGCUGCUGUUCACGUCAAUGUUGUUAUCUCGAUCAAUUCAUCGUAA